AUACUUUCAGUUCUGUGCUAAAUAUUGUAGUGAUCAGUUGCUAUUGUAAAUCUAAGUUUAUAGACGAUAGAUUUUGAUAAAACAUGGAAUCUAGACAUACUGUAACUAUAUAUAAUCUACAUUUUUUUUUCUAAAUUCAUACUAGUAUUUAUACGGUAAAAUUCGUUGUUGUAUUUACUUGGCCAUAAUGUCAGCGUGGACAAAUGGCUGAGCAUGACAUUGGUGCAUUCUUGAGUGACCUUGAAGACGAUGCAAGUGGUGAUUGUGAUGCAAAUUUUGUACUUGAGGAAGACGAAUGUUUAUCUUCAGAACAAUCCAUUUCCAGUGGCACAGAAGCCUUCACUUCAUUGACCGUAACUAAUAGCACAGAACUUUUUGAUAAAAAUCGGUUGAUAAAGUGGACAACAAUACCUUCUUUGCAAUGUCUAAGUCGUGCAGCAAGUGAAAAUAUUCUUUACGGAAAAUCUGGAGUAACUUCUUAUGUUAUUCAUCGUAUUUCAAAAAUUCGUGAUACUUUUGAUUUAUGCCUUACAGAAGCUUUGAAAAGCUAUAUAAUUCACUACAGCAAUUUGCAAGGAAGUGCUGUUUUCGAAAAUUUUCCAGCUGUAGAUGCUACUGAAUUCGAUGCUUACCUGAUCUUCUUAUACUUAUGGGAGUCUACCGGUCAUACGGUGAAAGUCUUAACUUCCUGUGGGACGAGUUUCAUGGACGUCCGUUUUUGAGAGCAAUCAUGUCUUUGGAGCGAUUUAGCAAUAUUUCUCGUGUACUAGGCAAAGAAGAAGAUCAGAAAAAAGCGGAGAUACAUUUUCUCCUAUUCGCACAUUUUAUGAGCAAUGGACUCAAAACUUGCAGUUGCUUUAGGUUCCAAGUGCUAACAUAACGAUUGACGAACAGCUUAUUCCGUUCCGAGGUAGAUGCCCUUUCAAAGUAUACAUUCCAAGUAAACCUGGGAAAUAUGGCAUGAAAGCGUGGAUAGCAGCGGAUUCUGACACCGCAUUUUGCUCACAGUUCCAAAUAUACUUGGGCAAAGUAGGGGACAAUGCUGAAAGGAAUCAAGGCAAACGGGUUGUUCUAGACUUAGUGUCUUCAUACCGUGGACGAAAUGUGACUACCGAUAAUUUUUUUACGAGUCAUAACCUUGCAUUAGAAUUGCUAAAGCAGAAAAUUACUAUUGUUGGCACAGUAAGGAACAACAAACGUUUUCUGCCGGUUCAUGCAACAUCACAAGAAUUGCGUAAGCUUCCAAUACACUCAAGUAAAUUUUUUUUUUUCAUGAAAAAGAAACUGUAGUUUUGUAUGUGCCUAAAAAAUACAGAAUGAUUUAUUUGCUUAGCACCCUUAACCAUAAUAGCAACAUUUUGGAAGAUCAUCCAAAAAAAAUUCCGGAAAUAAUUGAAUACUACAACUCGACAAAAGGUGGAGUAGCCACAUUGGACCAAAUGGUUCGUACAUAUUCGUGCAAAAGGAAAACCAAUCGGUGGCCAGUUGCCCUGUUUUCUAAUUUAUUAGAUAUUUCUGCUCUAAACGCUUUUAUAAUAUGGACCGAAAUAUAUCCUGAAUGGCAAAAAAGUAAAUUGCACAAAAGGCACCUAUUUUUAGAGCAACUCGGUGAAGUUUUAACUCAAGAACAUAUCAAGAGGCGUAGUCGGCUUCCUCGCGCAGAAGUCUCUGCAUCAUUGGUACUAAGAAUUCGAGAAGAAGACAGUGCAUCACCAUACGAAUUCGCCUUCUCCAAAACGAAAAUGCGCUAGUGAACGGAAAAGGUGCAAAUUUUGCCCGUCGAAAAAGGAAAGACCUUUACUGAGUGCAUAACUUGCAAAAAACCUGUUUGUCCGUCACACUGACACACAACCACUCUAACGACGACAUAUUGCAUUGAUCACGAGCCUUAAAAAUAUUAAUGAACUGUACAAAUUUGAAUGUUCUCAAAAAAAAAAUUUGGGGUCAACAUAAGACCCGAACAUAACAUGUGUAUUUUUUUUCUAACAUAGUAGCAGGGUUAACAAUGGAGUGUGGAGCUAAGGAAAAUCGCAUUGCAGUGAUUGCAUCACAUAAAUGUGAUAAAAGUGCAAGUGAGAUUUACGAAUUGUAAAAAAAAAAAAAAAAUAUUUCGAGAAUGUUUGUCUACCACACGAUCAAUCGCUUAUCCCAAAUUUCGUCCUCGCGUGGUGCGAGCUAGAGCAGCCAUAAAAGCCGUUCGAGAAAGAGUUCGCAGAUAUCCCCUUAGAAAGCAGAGAAUCUUGUACACGGAAAAGCAUGUAUCGACCAGAGUUAUGUCAGUACUAAUUAGAGAUGAUCCCCUCAUGAAAGCUUUCCGACGCCCAACUGGUCACUUUUUGACAACGCAUUUGAAGGAAAUUAGAUUCGGCAGAUGCAUGCAGUUUUUUCGGUGGCACG